UCAGGUCUGAAAUCGAAACAGACCAAUGAUUGAUGUUCGGCAACUGAGUGGAUUCUUACAAUCACGUCCGGCUUUGUGCGGCCUGUCAAUGCCUCUAGGUUGCUGAUUUUGGCCGCCAGCAGGGAAAGCAAUUGCAGCGCGUCCUGAAUAGAAACGAAUUUUCCAAAUCAUCCGGAGAACUGGUCCAGCAUGUAUCCGUUUCACCUCACCUCAGUGCGUUGGUCCAUUUUCUCCUUAUCGGACUCGUACUUUUCCAAAUAGACCCUAAUGGUUGCACCGACGGACCCAGUGCCUGAAAAUUGUUGAUCCUCAAAUGCCGUCAACAGGAAAGGGAAAGGAAACUUCAGUUAAUACCAGAAAGCCUCCACACGAUGCGGGACCCAUCGGAAAAGAUGUAUCGAAUGCCUUGUUUGCUCGAGACACUUCCAUCAACCGGAUCCUGCACGAAUGAACCCAUUUUUCCUGAUUCUCUUCCCGAGCUGCGUUUUUAACCUUGUACUCGAAGUCGUCUGCUCUCACGAUAGGGUAAGUUGCGAGUUCAGGGCUGAUACUCGACUGAUCAAUGCCUCCCGCCUAACCCCCCAGCAUGACGCAAUGCGAUUAUUGAACAGAUCAUUGCAAUGUCCGCUACCUGGAUUUUGCUUGCAAGCUCCCUAAGAUUCGCCAUCAUCUUCUCGGCUGGCCCUGACUCGCAUCCCUCAUAGUCGUAUCGACUGUAGUAGUUGCGGCCGUACGUGGACCAGUGCUCCCUCACGAUGUGUUCGACCGAGAGGAACUUGGCCGUAUUCUGCACAAAUUUGUCGAUGGCGGCUUUUCAUUGCUGCAGUGAACGCGCUUUUGCACCUGGUUCUUAAAGGCCAGAAUCGAAAGCCAUGCCCUGUCAUAGAGCACGCAAAGAAAAAGAAUGUCAAGAUACUCGUCUCACUUACAGGACCGCCCAGAUGCCGUCCUUUUCGCGGAUGUGGUCACUUCCGGUCCCAAAAGACUCCUCACCACAAAUCGACAGCCUUCCAGCAUCCAUCAAGUUGCCAAAGAACUUCCAGCCAGUCGGCGUCUCGUACAUGGCCAAACCUGAAAGUCAGCAUCGCUUCUUAUUAUCUUCUUAGCACACACGCUGUCUGACCCAUCUUUUCUGCGACGCGGUCCAGUGCACCCGAGGUCGGCAUUGAGCGAGAAACCUGGAAAACGAAGGGAAGGAGUAGGCAAUCUGUCGUCCCACAAUAAUUGCCUACUCCUUUCAGGCCGCUCUUGAAGUACGGAAUCGAUGCUGAAGCCAAAGAUGCAAUGACUGCAACGCUAUCCGAAGGAGUGACGAAGAAGCCCUUUCCGAGAAUCAUGUUCCGGUCACAGUCGCCAUCACUAACCAGGCAGUAAUGGCAAAUGCAGCCAGAUUAAUCAAGUAAGACCACGUCUUCUUGUUGCCUGCGUACCCUGCGGCUCCAAAUUCCGGUGUUGAUUCUAUGAUGGAAUCCGGCUUGAGGACUUUCAUCACCUCUACAAGAUCGUGAGCAUACACCUGCAGGAAGAGGUAGGACGCUGUACCAGCGUGACGUCCUCUUGUGACGCGAUCUUACAAGGUUUGGGUCUGGGUGGCCUCCCCCAAAAUCCUCCUUCGGGUCGCAGUUCGUCAGACAUGAGCUCGGGAGACCAAGCUCUUCACAGAAGAUGCGUUUACCAUACGGGCCAGCGACACCGUGCAUUCCUGGCAAAAAAAGAGCUCUUCUCAUCCGACUCAGACUUGUGUGGGCGUCUCAGUAUUCUCGCCACUGACCAUCGUAGACCAUUGAGAAGUCAGGUCGUUUGACGAACGUCUGCAGCUUCGGGAAGUCGAAGAUGGUCUUCAGCAACGCGACAUAGUCUUCUGUUGGGUCUAUGACCUCGACCUGUCGAUGAAGGGGCAUAUGCAGACUCCCGGUUGCUAACCCACAUACCUCCACCGACUCACCUUGAAUUUCCCAGGCACCAGAUCGUAUGUCCCAAUUGCGUGCAAAUCGAAAGGCGGCAAGUCCACCUUGAGGUAGCGGGUGAUUCCUUUGCUCUUUCUGCCAGGAUAAGGGCACAUUAUUAUGGUUGUUCAUCUUCGACGUAGUGCGGCUGGCUCUUUCUCUUUCUCACUCGAAGACUUUGCCGGUGAGGGCCUCGAGGGCAGGCCCACCGUUGCUCGUGUUGUACUUGACACCGAAGUCGUUCUCUGGCCCUCCUGGAUUGUGAGAUGCAGUCAAGAUGAUCCCGCCAUACGCGAUGCCUUUCUCCCGCUCUCGAAUGAUAGCAGAAGCUGCCGGCGUCGAGCACAAACCGUCCUUCCCUGCGGCAAGUCAACGGCUGACCUUCCGAAACACAUCCCCCGGUGUCGGCACCGCGUACCUGUCCACACGGUCCCAACGCCGUUGCCAGCUGCAAUCUCACAUAUGAUGCGGAUGGCGUCCUUGUUGUAGAAGCGUCCGUCGCCGGAGACGAGAAUGGUACUACCUGCAGGUCACGCAUCCUAUUGCAAAACGUCCGUUCGCUGCAACCUUGCCUACCUUUCAGCUCGUCUGCAGGCAGGCUGUCGAAGAUCGACUGGAUGAAAUUAGGGAGGUAGUUGCCUUCCAUGAAUACCUGCACAGACACUCAUUGAUGACCACACACAGAUCUCACCCGGUGAGCAGCCUGAACCUUGGUUUUCUUCCGAAGUCCCGAUGUGCCGGGCUUCUGAACGAUGACAGCAGACUAACUUCUCAUGUUUGUCGACUCUUGGAACAAACCUGAUCAUUGUAGGGCGUCGUCUUGACUUCGAUGACUGACAUGAUCACGGAAAAGGGUCGUUCCGCCGGACAAAUCUAGC